AUGCGGUUCCGGUUCGGGGUGGUGGUGCCGCCCGCGGGCGCGGGCGCGGGCGCCGGGCCGGAGCUGCUGGUGGCGGGGUCGCGGGCGGAGCUGGGGCGCUGGGAGCCGCGCGGGGCGCUGCGCCUGCGGCCGGCGGGGGGCGCGGGGGCGCCGCGGGAGCCGGGCCUGUGGCUCGGGGAGGUGGAGCUGGCGCCCGAGGAGGCGGCGCGGGACGGGGGGGCGCCGGGCCGCGUGGACCGGUUCUGGUACAAGUUCCUGAGGAGGGAGCCCGGCGGAGAGCUCUGCUGGGAAGGCAAUGGGCCACACCACGACCGUUGCUGUACUUAUGAUGAAAACAACGUGGUGGAUGGUGUUUAUCAUGUUCCAAUAGGACACUGGAUUGAGGCCACCGGGCACACCAAUGAGAUGAAGCACACAACAGACUUCUAUUUUAAUAUUGCAGGCCACCAAGCCAUGCAUUAUUCAAGAAUUCUACCAAAUAUCUGGCUGGGUAGCUGCCCUCGCCAAGUGGAACACGUAACCAUCAAACUGAAGCAUGAAUUGGGGAUUACAGCAGUAAUGAAUUUCCAGACUGAAUGGGAUAUUGUACAGAACUCCUCAGGCUGUAAUCGCUACCCAGAACCCAUGACUCCAGACACUAUGAUUAAGCUAUACAAGGAAGAAGGCUUGGUCUACAUCUGGAUGCCGACUCCAGAUAUGAGCACUGAAGGCCGGGUACAGAUGCUGCCCCAGGCGGUCUGUCUCCUGCACGCGCUGCUGGAGAAUGGACACACGGUGUACGUUCACUGCAACGCGGGGGUCGGCCGGUCCACGGCGGCCGUGUGCGGCUGGCUCCACUACGUGAUGGGCUGGAAGCUGAGGAAGGUGCAGUACUUCCUCGUGGCCAAAAGGCCAGCGGUCUACAUCGAUGAAGACGCGUUGGCCCGGGCACAAGACGAUUUUUUUCAGAAAUUUGGGAAGAUGCGUUCUUCCAUAGGCAGUGAGUAG